UACAUAACAAGUACGAAGAAAUGUACUGAAGUCAGUCGAGUCAUACGAAUGAAGUAUGGUCUUCCGUUAGACGAAUAAUACGUUUUUAGGGAAGUAGAGCAGUAUGGAAGUUGGUAUACCUGAUUUCGAUAAAUCCGUUUGAAAGCGAAUUGUGGUGCGGGGGAAGUCUUAUCACAGAAUUCAUACCAUAUAACGGUGUUUCUAAUUUCAUUUUAAUCGAGUAUUAUUCUUUAAUUUUUUUGCGAUCAUUGACGAAGCUUCGUAGUAUCCUCCAAAAAUGUUUCGAUCGAAGAAAGAGGUCGACCGACACGUGAAAGACAUUUUUACCAAACUUAAAAGUUCCGAUGAGAAAAAACUUCGGUAUUAUAACAUUGCAAAACUAUAUUAUCAAGUUGGAGAUUAUGAAAGUGCAAAGAAAUAUGUUUCUACCUAUUUGGAAACAAGAGAUAAAUCUGCGGGAGCUCAUAAAUUAUUAGGUCAAACUCUUGAAGCUUUAGGACAAAAGGAAGCAGCAUUUACACAAUAUAAAAUAUCUCUUGAAUUAGAACCAAAGCAAGAUGAACUUAUUUUAAAAGUUUGUGAGCUGUUAGCUGAGGCAGCCAUCAAUGUAGAUAUUGAUGUAUAUCAAUACUGGGUAGAUAGAGCUGAUAGAAAGUUUCAACAUCAUCCAAUAGUGUUUCAAUUAAAGGAAAAAAUGUUAACUGUAGCAAAACCAAACGGUAAUGACGAAGACCUAGAAAAACUUAUUACCUCUGAAUUAUCAGUACGGCAAACAGAUGUACAUCUCCAAGUUAAAUUAUUGAAGCAUUAUGCAGAAAAUAAUAGACUUGAAGAUGCAUAUAACCAUGCCGUUGGGAUUGAGGCAACGCACAGUCACAGAAAUAGUAUUAUAUGGUAUCGAUCUUUAAGCGAAUUACUUGUAAAAUGUGAAGAUAGUAAGAGUUCGGAUUGGACAUUUUGGGUGUUCUACAUUUCUGUGUUGGAGAGAUACGCGGCGCUUUGUCUUAAAGAACAGGGUAAUAUUGUUAAGGAAAGCAUAUCGGAUGCUACGCAAGCAGUAUUUAAUUUCGAUCAAAGUUUAAGUAAUUUUGAAGCAGAACAUUUCCCUAAUCAUCCUGCUUUCACUGAACAUAUGAUGUUGCACAUGUGGGGUCAAUUACAUUUUCAUUUGGCCUGUUUGGUGUUACGAAAAACUAAAGAAGAGAAAGACAGUUGGUCAGAAGCAGGAAGAUUAUGUGCACCUCUUUUAUUAACCGCAUUACACGUUACACCUAUCGAUCCUACUGUUGUGUGGACUAUGCAUUUGCUAGAUCGUCUUAAAAAUCAAGUACAAGUAUGGUACAGAGAAGGAUCAUAUAGAUGUAGUCAAGCCGGUCAUGUACUUCAAGAUUAUGCUCGAGAUAAUCCUAAAAAAUUACUGGAUAGAAUCGAUAGAUAUUGUACAAGUUCAUGGCGCCAGCGAGUCUAUCAAAGAAUUUUUGUUGGCCGAUUGUAUCAAGAUGGUAAAACAACGCAUUCGUAUUUUGCAAAUUCUUCGAUGUCAAAUCCACCGUUACGUCUGUGUUCGUAUAACGAACUAAAACGAUUUGACGAAAUUUCGGAAGAUGUAUGGCCAGAUUCGUUGCAUCAUCAAAUAUGGCUUGGUUUAAAAACUAGACCUCAUAAUUCACAAAAUAAAAAUAACGGGCCUCAUCCGAAUCAAACAUCGCGUGUAUUUUGUGAAUUACAGUUCUCUGUCUAUAAUUUAUCUCAAGCUGCUCCAGAUAGUUUGAGUCGUCUUGAUGUUGAUGCAUUCUUAAACGCAGCAAUUCUAUGCGCUUCUACAGUGUCAAAUCCUGAGGAAUUCCCUACAUUACCAGCUGACCUUACCGAUACUCUUUGUACUUGCGCUCAAGAGAAAUGGUGGUCUUAUGCUUAUAAAGUGUAUACUAUGGACAAGCAAACAUCACUCGAUGAUGAUCUUGGAGAAAUAAGAUUAGAAUUACAACGAGGAUUAGAAGUAAUUCGUUGUCUUGGAAAUCAUGGAUUACAUCCUGUUAUUUUAGUUCAUUUAGCACGAAUAUUUCAUUAUAGAGCAGAAGCAUUGAAAAAGGUAAAUCCAGAACAUAGUCACAUACCAGAUUUAGAAGCGCGAUCUGAAAUGUAUUGGUCAACAGCUAUUCCGCUUCUUGAAAGAUUAUUAAACAAUCAAGUACUUCGUUUAACGAAUUCAAAAUACUUUAAUUGCCAAGGAAAAGAGAUGAAUAAUGCGGAAGUUAUUAAAGCUUUGGAAGAAGGUAAACUGCUUCUAGCUCAACGUCUUGUGCGAGAAAAAUUGUACGAGAAAGCUAUUGAAGCCCUGCAAGCAUUAAAAUGCCCGGAGGCUUCGUUUUUACAAGGACAAAUGUACGAGAAGCUCGCAGAUGAAAUUGUUAGUUCUAUACCUAGAGAAAGUUUAACAUCCGAAAUGAGAUCGCAACAUAUAAUUAUACUUUCGAAAGCUAGAGAAUGUUUUUACCUGACAUUAGACCGAUUACGUAGUCCAGGAACAAAUCCGAAACAUCCCUUGAAUUCAGAACUUUUUGCACACAUCACUGAAAUUGAAAACAAAUUGAAACGAAUUGACCCAGAUUUAUCACGGGGCGAUUUAAGCAGAAACGAAUGCGACGGAAUGUCGGAUGAAAGUUACUCCUCUGCUCACAGCAUUGUAGAUCAACAAGUGACAAACAUAGCGUUACCAGGAUUGAGCACAUCGAUUAAUAUUCUCAGUACCCCUCAGAAAAAUGUCCAUCGUGCACCAAAGCAGUCUAGUACUCCUUAUAGACCACAGCAUCAGGAUAUAUUGGAUUUAUCACGAAAUCGUAGCGAGGCACGUCCAAGUCCUGAACGCCUCGAUGCUCAAAUCCGUUCAAUAAACCAAAUGAUUCAGUCGAAAGAUAACAUGAUACAGUCGAUAACGGAACAAAACAAGACUAUAUUGGAAUUAAAUAAAACAGUAGUGGACAAACUGGAAGAAUUAACGAAAGAAGUGGCAGAACUGCGAAAAGAAAUUCAGAAACAACGUAUUCAACCAACCGAUGUUAAUCCUAAUCUGGAAGAAGAUUUGUGCGUCCUGAAUGAAGAUGAUUAUAAUGAUUUGAAUUAUAAUGCAAAUCAAUCAGGUCCCACGUCUUCGAUAUCAGGAAACAUAUUCCCACCCUCACACAGACAUCCAUACUCUCAGUUAGUAUAUCCUUCCGCUACUGCGUUCCAAGGAUAUUAUCCAACAGGAAUGCCAUUUAGUGAUCCGAACACACAAGCCAUUCCUCCUCUGUAUCCACCAAGUGUUUACUCGAUGCCGGUACUGUAUCCAAGAACGAGAUCAAAAAUACCUGAAAACGUAUUUCAACAGGGCAUAUUCACAGCAAGAGUACCGACACAAAUAUCAGAUCUAAUGCAACCAACAAAUCAGCCAUUGCAAAUGCCACUUCCAAAAGUAGAAACAACAAAAACUGAGACAAUUAUAAAAGAUGCACCUGUAAACAAAGUUCCACCAGUUAACGUUGUUAUUACUACUUCUGAUAUUCUCCCUACUACUACGCAAGUUGUUCAACCAACUCUUAGCGUAACAAUUCCUCCGCAUUUUAGACAAGGAAAUAUUUCUGCACCAAUUGUGACGGAACAGUCUGCACCUCAUUGCUAUCAAAUUUCUAUGCCCUCCCAAGCUACUAUACCAACGACGGUGAAUCUUCCACCUUUGUCAAAUACGCUCACAACUACUCCAGCAAGUAUUUCAGUUUCAGAACAGCCAAAACAAGAUAAUAGCACUAUUUGUUCGACUGGAUCUCCAAAUAGUUCAGAUCACGAACAUGAUCCAAUACCUGAUUUUGUUCCUGUUAUACCAUUACCGGCAGAAGUUAAGGUCACUACUGGAGAAGAAGAUGAAGAGACUCUGUUUAUUGCAAGAGCUAAACUUUAUCGUUUCGUGGAUAAUGAGUGGAAAGAACGUGGCACAGGUAAUGUUAAGCUGCUCAAAAACAAAGAAGGGAAAGUGCGUUUACUCAUGCGAAGGGAGCAAGUAUUAAAAGUUUGCGCGAAUCAUUUUCUUGCACCUAACAUGGAGUUGACUACCAAGUCAAAUAAUGAAAAGACAUGGUGUUGGGUUGCACAUGAUUUUGCCGACGGGGAAUUGAAAUUAGAGAAGUUUUGUAUUAGGUUUAAAACGGUGGAAGAAGGCAUUUCCUUUAAAGAACAUUUUGAUAAAGCUAAAGCCAGUCUCACUCAGUCUUCUAAGAAAGCAAAUGAAAUUACUGAUAAUGCAUCAACUAAAGUUAAUACUGUGUCAAAUAACAUUAAGAAGUCAGAAAAACCUAAAGUAGAAACAAAACCUUCAGAGCAAGUAGUGUUCACAUCGGGACAAAGUAUUCAGAAACAACCUGUUGAAGCAAUUACAACUUCUAGGCCUUGUUUCUCCUUCGGGGAUGUAAAAACCAGUAAAGAUACAACAGUUGUUGGAGGUUUAUCGUUUACAUCAACUCCAAUUAUUCAAAAAGUAGCUACAACGGAACCUGCUAAGACAACCAGUGCAUCAGAUGUUAAACCAUUCAGUAAAUUUACAUUUAACAAGACAGUGACAACUGCUUCGAGUUUUAUGACUACAACACAGAAAAGUACAGUCGGUGAAGCUACUACUACGACUCAGUCAUUUUCCUUUUGCUUUACAACUUCGCCAGCGGGAACUACAACAGUACCAACUAAUGUUAACACUCACAGUACACCAAUCUCAUCAUCGCAACCAUUCGGUAUUUCCAUCUCUACUGAAAAUCCUUCUUCGAAUAUGCCUCAAUUUUCACUUAGAAGACCACACGCUCCUCCAUCAAGUGCCAUUACUUCAGCAACUUCUACUGUAGGUAUUCAAGACGACGAUGCUGCGCAAGGUGAACAGGACGUGCUGUUCAGUGAGAAGAUUAGUCUUCGGUACUACCACAGUGAUACUAAACAGUGGGAAGAUAAAGGUACAGGACAAUUAAGGAUUUUAUGGAGCCCAAAAACGAACAAAGUUCGUUUAUCAGUGAAAGAAGAAACUAGUUCAAAAGUCCUCUACAAUUAUAAUGUCCUGUCUAAAAUGCCAUUCACGUUUGAGGAUGGUGGUAACACCGCCGUCAUUUGGAACUUUUAUUACGGACCAGACAAUAAGACGGCGAUGUUUAUGGCAACCUUUAAAACAGCAGAUCAGGCGUCUUCAUUUUAUCGCGCUAUCACUAACUAUCAGCAAAAAAUGGUGAACGACUGUAUUUCUGCCGAAAAUGUAAAGAAACAGGAAACAACUAAGCAAGCGCAAGCAAGUAAAACUCAGCAACCAUCUUUAAGUGAAAUGUUCAAACCAGCAGCAGGUUCAUGGGAAUGCGAAGCUUGUUACACGAGAAAUAGCGCAACGGACAUGAAAUGUUUAGCUUGCGAAGCGCCUCGCCCUUCUGCAUCCGAUAAAGCAGGUAUUUCUACUACAAGUUCAUUCCCUCAGGUAUCUAAGCCAGUUGAUUCUUCAUGGAAAUGUAAAUGCUCCAACGUAAAUGCAGCAGAUAAAAAUUAUUGUGUUAUUUGUGACGCGCCGAAAGAUCCAUCUCUUCCACCUAAACCGAAAACUGCAGGAUUCAUAUUAAGUACUAAUACUUCUGCACCUGUGACACCAUUUACCUUCGGUAUUCCACAGGAUGCAAAUAAGAAAACUACCGGCAAAUUUUCAUUUCAGUUAUCUACACCCAAUAACGUUUCUAAAGAUUCUAAAUCUACAGAAGCUGAUGCACAGUCAGAUAUUUCUGGGUCGAGAUUUAUCUUUGGAAUGCCACAAAAAUCAAAUACACAGUCGAACAAGAGUUCUACGUUUACAUUUGGUUCACCAGGAAAGUCGUUCGAGUUCAACUUUGCGCCAAAAUCCCCAACAAAAUCAGCUGAAGGUGACGAAAACAGCGAGGAAGAGGUAGUGGAAAGUGACGACAUUCAUUUCACGCCGGUAAUUCCGUUACCGGAAAAGAUUGAAGUCAAAACAGGCGAAGAAAACGAAGAAGUUCUUUACAGUCACAGAGCAAAAUUGUUCAGAUACGAUAAAUCAGUUAACGAAUGGAAAGAACGUGGUUUGGGAGAUAUAAAAUUACUGCGACACAAAGAAACGGGUAAACUGAGACUAGUAAUGAGACGCGAACAAAUUUUGAAGCUUUGCUUGAACCAUUUUGUACUGUCCGAUUUGGAAAUGAAACCGAAAGACGAAAAGACAUGGAUGUGGAAUGCCGCUGAUUACAGCGAAGGAGAAAUCGAACACAUGCUUUUCGCGUGUCGUUUUAAAACGCCUGACAUCGCGAAGAAUUUCAAGAACGUAGUCGAUAAUUCGAGAAAGGAGAACAAAGUUCCAACUACCAAAAAGGAUACAGAAACCGAAGUAGGAACAUCUGCCAAAGGUUCUCCGGUUCAAGAAAUAGAAGUUCUUUACGAAGUAAAAGUGACGCCUGAAGAGAAAAAAGAAGCGUUGAGAUUACAGCUGCCAGAAAACUUCUAUGCAUACAAACAGAAACCGGAUUGCCCUGGAUGUAGGGGCUGCGAAGAAGCUGCUGAAGAAACAUCAUUAGCACCAAAAGCGUCUAUAGAAAAUCAAAAGCCUCAAAUAUCUAUGUCUGCCAUACAGUUCCCUUCAAAACCUACUAGCACCAUUAGCGAAGUCACAGCUGGAACGAAUGUCUCUUCCGUUUUCAAGCCUGGAACCGGCUUUCGAUUGUUCGGAACGGAUUCUCUUCCUACUACAUCUUCGUCGACUUUAACUUUUGGAAAUACUGACUCUGGUGCAUCGAGUGACAAGAAUACUAACUUUUCAGUUGUAAUGCCUCAACCGCAAUUUAGUAUACCCGACGUACAGAAAUCUGUAACUGAUAUCCAAAGCAUUUUAUCUACUGACGACUUGAAGAUAUGUAGUCCUAUGACUUCUCAAGCACAGACAACAUCUGCGUCGUCUCUGUUCCAAACAUCUGUAACACCAACACCUUUACCUUUCAUAUUUAAUGCAAAUUCAAAUAAGGAUAGUCCAUUUAAUUUGAAUACAGGGAAAAAUAUGUUUGGGGGAACGUCAAAGAAAGAUGCAUCUGGACUACUUAAACCUAGUUCUCUCAAUGUUAGCGUAACCACUUCUGAAUCAGUAUUUUCAAAGACCUUCAAUUCUCAAUCAAAAACAAGUACUACAACUGCAUCUGUGUUUGGUGGUGCUGCUACUCCGACUUUUGGUUCAUCUGCAGUGAAAAUCAGUUCUGAAAGUACAGAACCUGUUUCAUCUUCGUUUACAUCACCUGUUGGAACAGCAAAUACUACUGUCAUGUCCAUCAAUCCUGCUAAUCCUGUAGUCACUAACGCUGCUACGCCAUUUUCAUUUAAUUUAUUUUUCGGUGCACAAACAAGUGCAUCAUCUUUUACAACUUCAACUCCUACAACAACUAAUGUUUUGGAAACAACAUCCGCGAGUGAAACUCAAAAAGAGCUUGAGGUUGCUUUCUUCCCAACUUCAGGCGAAUCAUUUUCAACUUUAGCAGCCAAAAAUCCUCAACCAGCAUUCAAAAAAGAGACAAAUUUUUCAUUCGCUGGUGCUGGGACAGCAGUAUUUGGUUCUAAGUCGAAUCCUCCAUCUGCUAAUAAAUCUAUACAAAAGACAAAGGAUCACACCACAGAAAAGAAAGAUGAAAAUGAAGAAGAAGAGUAUGAUCACAAUGAAAAUGAUCAAGAACAUGAUCCACAUUUUGAACCUAUUGUACCAUUACCUGACGUUGUUGAAGUUCGCACUGGUGAAGAAGAGGAAGAAAAAGUGUUUUGUGAACGAGCCAAACUCUAUAGAUACAAUAAUGCAACACGUGAAUGGAAAGAAAGGGGUGUCGGAGAGAUGAAAAUCUUACAUCAUGCAACAUAUGGAACUUACAGAUUGCUCUUGCGCAGAGAGCAAGUUUAUAAAGUAGUAUGCAAUUUUUUGCUUACUCCGGACAUCAGUUUUAAUAAACUUUCGAGGUCGGAUCGCGCAUGGAUGUGGGCAGGAAUGAACCAUGCCGAAGAACAACCAUGCAUAGAACAGUUGGCGGUUAAAUUUAAAAAUUCAGAACUGGCAACAAAGUUCAAGGAUACGGUUGACAAAAUUCAACAAACACUAACUGAAAUCCGCGAAAAAAGUACAGAAGACAAUCCAAUAGUAGAAGAACCAGAUGAUGAGAAUGAAGACGUUGAUGAGGUAGAACAUGAAGGUGAAGAUGAAGACGAAGAAGAUGAUGAAGGUGAAGAAGAGGAGGAGGGUGAGGACGACGAAGAGGAAGAGGAGGAGGAUGAUGAGGAUAGAGGGGACGAAGAGGACGAAGAUGAAGAAGAUGAUCAAUAUUUUAUAAUUUUUAAAAAGAGAGCUACGUUAUUAGCAAAAACAAGUAAAGCAAGCGAAUGGAGUCCUGUAGCUUUAGGAACUUUAAUUAUUUAUCACGAUGCUUAUAUCUGUGGCGAAAAAAUAACUUUGAAAGCGGAUGAAACGGCUGAAAUUGUAAGCAGCACGAUCAUAAGUAUGAACACACAGAUGCAGGUUAGUGGAAAAGAAUGUGUAUGGACGGCUAUCGAUUAUGCUUUGAAUCCAGCAGAAAGGCGAACUUUGAAAGCACUUUUCUCGUCGACUCAAGCUGCACAGCAAAUGCAGAAAUGUUUUGAGAACGGAAUCCAAGUUGCAAGGGAAUCAAAUAUCACUGAAGAAUACUACGAUGAAGUAUACUACGAUGAAGAAUAAAAGAAGGAAACGAUUUUAGAUGUUUCUUGUAAUAAAGUAUUUCUUCAGACUACAAAACAUGUAAAUUUAGUUCAAUUCCAAUUUAUAGAAAUUAUAUCCUGUUUUUAUGGAUGUAAUUAUGUAAUCGUACAAAUUAUUUAAGGAUUUAUUAAUUAAAAAAGGACAAUUUUUUUAUGAAAUUUAAUAUGUUUUAUGCAAUAAUAUAU